AUGGCCGACAAUUCAGCCCCAGUGACCCUCAGAACAAGAAAGUUCAUUACCAACCGUCUCCUCGCAAGACGGCAAUUUGUUGUUGACGUCCUCCAUCCAUCCCGUGCAAAUGUCUCGAAGGAGGAGUUGUCGGAGAAGCUUGCUACGAUGUACAAAACCGAGAAGCGGAGAGUAGUCACGUUCGGGUUCCGUACAGCAUUUGGUGGUGGAAGAAGCACUGGAUUUGCUCUGAUCUACGACGACGAAGCAUCUCAGAAAAAAUUUGAGCCCAAGCACCGUCUCGUUCGGUCUGGACUUGCACCCAAGGUUGAGAAGCCCUCUCGCAAACUACGGAAGGAGCGUAAGAACCGUGCGAAGAAGUUCCGUGGUACCAAAAAGUCCAAGGCCGCAGAACCUCCCAAGAAGGGCAAGUAA